AUGGUGGGUUGCAGUGCUGAUGGGAACCUGAAUGAAGAAAAGUACACUCAACCUCUACCAUGGAUUGGACUCUAUGUAGCAGCAGCAUCUCUAGUCUGUGCAGUUGCCAUGGCUGCUGACCUCAUCCAUGGUAUUCGUCACAGAAAAUUCUGGUUCCCUAGUCGGUUCUUUUCCAUCAACGCCACUUCACUCACCAUAAUAGCAGUAGCAGUCAAGUUCUCAGUGGAUCUCAACACCCCCAUGCCCAGCCGAGUCGACCAGCUCUCCAAGCUCAGCAGUGCGGUGUUGCUUUGCGUGACAAUUGCAAACUCGAUGCCAUCACUAGGAACAGCGAAGAACAAGGAAAUCAUGAUGAAUAUCAUGGCCUUCGCUAUACUGGUGGUCGCUGUUUUUGUCAACAUUGCCAUCCAACUGGGCACGGGGGUGAUCUAUAUUUGCUGGUGGGAGCAUGUUGUCCUGAUGUCUCUUAUGCUUGUCAUGCUCAUGAUCUUGGGCUCCUCAGCUUUAGCUGUGGUAACAACAAAGACGGAAUUAGAGUUCAAGUACAAGAAGAAAUGUGACAUGACUAUGCAAGAAGGGUUGAAGGAUAUAAACACAAGAACACCAGGGGAGUUGAAAGAAGACCUGAUGAAGUUCUGGAUAAUGGCACAUACCAGCAACCCUCAAUUUGUAAUGGCCCGUUCAGUUACUUCUACUGCGUCAGGUGCACUGUGUCUCCUUAGCGCCACAGUUCUUGCAGAUGCCAUGUUGCGCUCAUUUUACAUGCCAGGGUCAUUCAAGUUUUGUGUAGGGGAGUCUGACUACAAGUGGUCAACCACUUUAGUUUUGAUUGCACAGACUGUAGCAGUUGGGGUCGGUACUGUUGCCCCAGCAGUCAGAUGGUUCACAUCAGUGUUUUACAGGUUACCAAAAAAUGGGAAGAAAAGUAACAGAGGAACAUAUUUUAAAGUGGAGAAGUACUGGAUUCAGUACUUGGUGGAGAUCAAAGAGUGUCCAUUCAUACACAUAGAAAGCCAGCAACUCCGAAAACUUGCAUAUAAAGCAAAGCGCAGCUUCUUGGACACUUGUAUUCAAGCACAAAUUGGAAUCGUGAUGGCAUGCAAAUUGGUUCAAUGCAUCUGCAUCUUAUGCGCGUGCAGAAUUGUUAGGGUCUAUGAUUCCUGCUGCAAGUUGAAGAGGUUGUUACCAAGUAAUGGCACUUCAGUUGAUCAAGGACUUGAGACCAAUAAAAUAGAUCUAAGCCACUUUGUUUUGCAUCUUGAAGGUGAGGAAGAACUAGUGGAAGUGACAAUGAGGAAGAAUUGUACUGCCACAGAUCAUUGGAUGCGGAAGGGGAAAAAGAAACAGCCAAAACACCUCACAGACCUGUUAAAAAUGGCAACCUUUACGGAAGGAUUCAAGGGAGUAGCAGAAUUCGACUCCGACCAAGUCUGCAGGCUGGAAGGCACAAGAGAUGUACUAGAACGGCUUGUUGAAGCUGGAAAGGAAAGGCUUGCAAACUUUAAGAGCACAUAUCUAACACAAUGCCCAAAAGUUAGCCCUUCAGAAUGGCCUGCUGAGGCAUUGGCAGCUAAUUCCAUCUACAGGAUAAGCAACACAAUUCUGCACAUUUAUCACCACAACAGCAGCACUUCAGAGGAAAGCUUAUUUGGAACACUAGUUGUGCUGAUCUCCGACAUAUUGGCAGCUAGUCUCACUAACUUGAGACCAUUUGUAUUUGGUAAGUGUUUGAAAAGCACAAUUGAAGAGAAAAAAGCAAGUGUAAGGGAAGCUGUCUACCUCCUCGGCCAGAUGGAAGAGAUAGUGGAACUUCUUGACCAAAGUUCACUAUCCAUUGUGUACUCCGACAAAAUUACAACCAUUGCGGACUGGCGCUCAUUGCACUAA